UUGACGCGAGAGCCAGAGGUGGAGGUGAUACAGGCACCAGCGUCGUCGGCUUCGCGAACUUCCAAAACUGCCCGUCCGAUGUGAGUGUCAGUGGGCGCACAGCGGGCUCCUCGAUUCGGCGCUGGGGAGUAGCACGCACAGCAUGCGCGGCCAGCCGGAUUGUGACACCCUGUCCACUGAUCUGCUGCCGACCACGCAUCUGCUGGGAUGUUUUGCCGCUAACGCCACAUGCUUAUACACAAGUUCGUGGUACCGAUCACUUUAACGCUGCUCGUCAGUCUUGUAAUGGUGAAGUGCCAGGGUUUCAACCUCAAGAACAAACUCGGAAAUCUAGGCAGUGACGUCCAAGGCGGCCGCUCCAUCCAGAUCGAGCUCGUUCUCUACAACCGGUGCAGCCGCGGCAACAUCCAGCUCGAAGGCAAGAAAGUGACCGCCGCCCCGGGAAAUUCUUCCAGCAAACUGGUGCUGACGUCGGUCGGCAUGGGUUCCAAGCUCACCAUUCAUUCCAACGGCACCUUCCUAUGUUUCAACAAGGGCGGCAGGCUCGUCAACAAGAGGCGGCGCAGCCGGCGCAAGAGCCUGUGCGAGUUCCGCGAGAUCAUGCGGGACAACUACUCCACCUUCCAGUCGGUGUACAACGACAACUGGUACAUCGGCUUCAACAGCACGGGCAAGCCGAUGCGGGGUCGCAAGGUGCGCCCGCGCAGGUGGUUCCCGUUCAUGUUCCUCAAGCGCCGAUGCAAGGGCGGCCCGCUGUCGCCCUUCGACGAGGUGCCGCAGGGCGAGUGGCUCAAGUUGCUCAACGAGACGAGGACCGACAAGAGCUGACGCCGGCAGGCCGCGCCACGGUUUCCCUUCUGGUCCACGCCGCUCUCUCCGGCCUGAACUCGGACAAACCAUCAUCGACCUGUAUAUACGCAUCCCUCCUUCAGUGUCCAACGAUCCUUUCGUGCUGAGUCCGAUUUUUUUUUUUUUUUUGCUAGCAUUUCCUUUAUUAUUAUUAUUAUUAUUAUUAAUAUUAUUAUUAUAAUUAUUACGGCACUGAUGAAUUAAGCGCUCGCUGUGCCCGCUGCGUGCCGUGCAACGCAGCUGCACGAAUUCCGCGAACGUCACUCGCCUCUGACCGAGCAGAGAGCCGUUCUCCCUUGGCCUAGUUGAUGUGACCCACCACGCUGUUACAAGUAGGACUGUUGUGCGCAUACGAGGAAUGAGUGGCAUCAUCAUCUCAUCUCAUGUCCCGAUCACUCCGUGUUGUGUACACGCUCGCACGACGGGGUUUGGGCCGGGCCCUCUCUGAGCGAUUUCAGAUGAGCGCGAACACUCUCGCGCUCGUCGUCGCAGGCACGCCUGCGAAUUCCCGAGCUGCGCGCGUACUAAUGCUGCGUAUGGCGGCGGAGAUGAACUCCCACCAGGAGCUGCGAUCGCUGCGGCGCUGACACUCACAUGUCGCUUCAUCACCAAAGAGAGUGAAUAUGUCGCAGCACUUGCAUAGAGCCCGUUCUCUACUGCGUACUGCGAAUACGGAGCUAAGAAAUAAAAGCAAAAAUUUCGCCCGAGUUCCUGGCACGGCCAACAACUUCGUGCGAGCGAAAGCCCCCCCCCCCCCCCCCCCCCCCCCUCUCGCUUCUUAGUGCAAGGUAUACGCGUACUCCUCUUUUAUUUAUAAUUUUAGUGAAGGGUGUUCUGCACAAAGAAUAGAGAAUAGCACCUUUUUGGCGUGUCCUAUUCUGUGGCGUGAAGUUGUCGUCGCUACAUACGGCACCAAUCACAUGUUGUCAAGAGCACAAUUUCGAUGCACACCUCAGUCUCCCCUCAGCCCUUCUCGGCUCGUCACGCGCCUCUUGUUUCACUCGCGUGGGGUUUACAUCUUGUCGUACGUGAAAGAUUUGGGUCCGCGCGUGGAACGAGAAUCGUUCUACCAUUUCCAGGAUUGGUCACUGAGUAAACAGUUAGUGCACUGGACGACUGUGAUUGGGACAUGCAAACUCGCAAUGUUUUCGAGCGAGGUGUGUAUCCAAGCUAUGCGUGCUUGUAGUUAUACAUCAGACGUCUAUCGCCUGGCCCAUCGCUAGGUUUUUCGCUUCCCUGUUUCGCCUUCGUUGGGGCCUAAGUUCUGCAUGGUGCAGCUCACGACCAAAUUUUUGUUCCACAUUUUUUUUUUUCGGCAACGGGUUUUCCAGGGUUGCCGCGUGCGCGCUGGUGUCAAUCAUUCCCUUCACCUCAGGUGCUUUUCAGAAUACUAAUGAAUUGUAUAUAUGUACACAUACGCAGUAUUUAUUUCGAGUACAUUGUAAAAAGAAAAUGUAUGUGAAGGAAGAGACAUACUGCCGCAGCCGUUUGCUGGCUUUUCUUUAGGUUGUCAUUGUUGUGUUUGACCACGUUGCAUUUUUUUUCUCUCUUAUUAGCGUUGUUGUUUCCCUGUAUGCCGCUCUUUAUUUCUUCGCAUUCUUGAACAUUUUCUUUUAAUCAAAUCAAAGCCAUAUGUGAACAUUUUUGUGGCCAUGCGCGUGUCUGACAUUCUCUAGCCAUUCCUAUAUACGUAACCAAACUCGAGUUUGGUUCAUUCAUACAAAGAUUGUGUUAGACUUGUUCUUAUUGAUGAUGCUCUAAUCACUGUAGCAAAAUUCAUCUUCAGACUUUGUUGCUUGCUACGAAUAACAUUUUUUUACACUACACAUCAUAUUUUGUGCCCGAGUUUGUUUCAACAGUGCACGCAACCAACGGAAGUGAAAAAAAAAUGUAGGAAAAGCGGACAGCGGGUCCACCAUUGAAUAUUUAUUCGUUAUUUUACUUGUUUACGAAAAAAAAAAGAACGUUGUUCUGCAUUUAAUCUGCAGCUUUUAAUUGGCUCUUAUCUUAAGCUUUUUGUAUUCAUUACGCCAACUGCGGCUCGUUCAUCGUCACUUCUUGUCAUUGUUCAUCAUCUUCUCUCCUCCUUGGGCAUCUCGCAGCCGGGGCAUCAAUGAUAACGCAGAUCCUCGCUGCCGCAUUGGAACACGCUCUUUAAAACGCCGCACGUCGCGGCAUCACGAGAUCGCCAACACAACGCAUCGCUUGCAGCUUUCCAUACGUAGAGCCUGCCUUGUAGUUGCAAGCGUGGCACUGUGUGUACUCAACGUAUCAAAGUGCCAUCAUGUCACUAUACGCCAUCCACUUCAACCGCAUCAUGCUCAUAACUCUCUGAGCUGGGCUCGUUAUUAAAAGAACUGCCGGGCGUCUCUUGUUCGUCCCUUACGCGGGUCCAAACGCUGAAGGAACACAUUUUACUCGUCGUCUUUCUGGGGCGCUUGAAAGUUAUGAUGGCGGCUAUUUAUUUGAUCGCCGCAGGAUUUUGUCCAGAUGGUUUCAAUUUAUACAGGCAGAAUGCUCUUGCGCCGCUAGCUUGCUUACACUGCCGGAGCCAGUGCAUAUAUGCUCGUAAAUUUGCUGCCGACCUUUUAUUUUUCUUUCUUUCUUUACAACCGCUUACUUGGUUAUAUACUAUGCUAUGCACUUCUUUUUUCUACUGCAUUUUCAGGUAAUGCCUCUUAGAUAACGGCAGGCCUGCUCGCUCUGACAGUGACGUCAGCUGGGAAGGCACCGUCUCUCUCAUUGACGACCUCGGUUUCAUAUGGUCUUCUGCGUAACCUAUUGAAAUGUGCGGGCUGUCGGCCUAACCACGUGACGUCACGGCUCAAAAUGCGUAGGCCUUCUGCUAUUGAAGACGUGCUGCUUUCCAGACCAUCCCAAGCUGUGAUGAGCAAAGCAAGCACCGCACCUGCGCCGUCUAACCAGAGCAGGAUUCGUGAAACUGAAAGCCCAGAUCGCUCUUUUCUACUCGCCUAUACGCGCGCCGCUUGCUGCGGGACUUAAUUACUCGUGAUGCGCGAAAGAUUUUUCCCGUGAACAUAUCAUCCACUGUUGACACGCCUCUGCUCGAAAGCGUGUUCGCGCAAAACAUCAGAUGACGGUAAAUCAACGCCGUCGUCAAGCUCCCACAGCUGGGAGGAAAACGCCCCCCCCCCCCCCCCCCCCCCUCCAACAAACAUACAACCGCCGUUGCACUUGUCUGUGCCAUCCACAUUCCAAAACGCCCCAGACUGCUUUCGUUUUACGAAAGCGCCAUCGCACCUCAAUUAUUUUAACUGUGUGAGUGCGCCUUUUUCAACUGCGGGCGAUGAUGGACACGUCGACGCUGUACUGUUCUCGUAUCUAGCCGUGCCACGCACAGGUAUCCCGUUUUGCAGUUGCGAUGUUCCCACUAUAGUUCCGCUUUACACCGCCGAUCCGUAUAUGCCUUCCGCGUCAUUCCACUUUCUUGGCGCAACAUCGGAGCUUUACGUCUUUAAUCGGUAACUACCUUAAGGCCAACGCAUAUUCGCUCUCCACCUUCAUGGUUGCUUGCAGCGCCGUUUGUCGAAAGUAUUUGAAAUCUAAAUCAUUACACAGGUGCGCGCCGCGUGGAGCUUUUACUCGCUACCCUGAGAGGCGCUGCGUACGGACUUGAUUUGUCUAUUUUGUUAUCCUCUGGACGCCUGACUGUUAAAAACGUAUAUACUUUAAGUACACGUGGGUAUACUGCACUGGUUCGUGAUAUCGCUGUUCCACAGUCAUUAAUCAUUUCAGGAAGCUGCCUAAAUUAUGACUUCGCGCACGUUUGAUGUCUGUUGGUGAGUGCUGCUUGCGUAAGCUCCUACAAGACCGCCUAGCACAGCGCUUUUCAGCUGGAGCCAAACAUAACUUCGUGUAUUGGACGCGUACUUUUUUUUUUCCCCUCUCGUCUCUUUCUCCCUGAUAUGUUAAUGUGCACCGUUCUUCUUAUUAUUAAACGAACCAAGCGAUUUACUUAUAUGUCUAGGGUCUAAAAUUGCUUCGCGCACUUAAGUAAUCCGACACUGCUUCAUUUAUUUUUUUUUUCUUUUCCUGGGGAUUUUAGUGCUGCGUCGGUUCCCUUCACUCGCGAAAGGGCCAAGACUCCACGCUGACGUCAACUUAAUAAAUUUGUUGUUGUUUUUUUUUUUGUUAAAAGAAUCGCGUAAUAUGAACAACGGCCUCGAGGAAAAGUAUAGCGCUUGUUUCUUUUCCUUUCUUUGUUCACUAACUCUGGCUAUUAGCUCCUUCGAGCGCUUUAUGUCUGCUUGACUCGGCAGCCGGCAGUCUGCGGUUUAUUUAAGCAGACUUCUCGAGUUUGUCGUAUCAUUCGCUACACGUGAGUUAAAAAAAAAAGCAAGAAAGAGAAAAAGAAAAUGAAAGUGGUCGUCAUUUAAGAGCUCGUAGUUUUCAAUUUUGGUUUUACUUGCGCACUAUACACGUUCUUUGUUUUUCUUUCGAAGGUGGGGGAAUGGAGGGGAGCGUUUAAUUUAGGCGCGUACCUUUUUGGGCAGCGCAUACUUUUUGGGCAGUGCAGAAUUUAACUAUCCAGAAAGCUUUUGCCUUUCAAUACAUAUAACGAUUGUUUCGCAGUUCUUCCUCUCUCUCUCUCUCUUCUUUUUUCGCAUUUCAUUUUGAGCUGUCAGUGCAAAUGAGUAGAUUGGCUCCAGCUGUAGAACAGAAAGUAGCAAAGUAAGGACUUUUUUUACGAAGCUUGCCAUUUUGGCAGCGCCAUGUCCCUUCAUGUAACCCUCUUUUCGAGUAUUAGGAAAUAGAAGGGCGCGACUGAAUAACUGACUUUUUUUUUCCUUGAUGCCGCCGCACCCCGCAUAUUAUCUUCCACUAAUGGCUAUCGCCUGUCCUCUUGGAAUAAAUACGUUAUCACUUUAAGUUUAGGGGGGGGGUUCCUCUUUUAACUGUGUAUUCGCACAGCCGAAGACAAAGGUUUCCGUAAUGAGAAAAACGGCGAAAACAAACUCAAAUACUUUCAUGUAACUCAGUUUAACAUACCCUUCUGUAGCGGUCUGCAACUGAGGGGUGCGUUCUGCAUCAAGUGUGGAGCCUACGGAGUGCACCUAAUUCAAAUCAGCUGGCCUUAAUUAGUGCGAUAAUUGUAAUUGAAUUUUGCGCUCGCUGCAAGUUUUGGCGCGUCAGGUAAACUAUAGCAUUCCCGCGUCGUUUGCGCUCUAACGUGAUUGUGGUCGUUCUCUUUGCUAAGUCUGGGCGGCCAGCUGCGAAAGUAUUUGCUACGCGUCUCAUUUACGUAAACAUCAUUUGAGAGCUUGCCCCACGUAUAACCGAACAAACUCUCGUGCGCUCACGUCUGGAAUUUUCGCUAGCCGGCAACAACUUGGGGGCACGAAUACAUUCGAGAAACAGCGUGACCAAGCGCCUUUCCAGCACUGGACGCCUUCAUUUUUUUUUUUAACCUUUCACUCGUGUUUAACGAUUUUGUCAUAAUGUAAGCGUCGGGGUGAAUAGUGGAAUCUGUGCGCGGUUAUACGCUUUAUGGACUUCGAGCGCCCAAGGGAUUUCGCACCGCCCGUAUACUUCACCCCAGCGUUGGCACCACUUCAAAUCGAAUAUGGUGCGUACACUUGGAGCGCGUGCAGGUUUCUCCGGAGCGUUCCAUCUGUGCGCACCGUAUUUGUUUCCCUUGCUUUCUUUCUCAAUUUCGUUCUCGGGCUGAAGGAAGGAAGUACGGCAUUGGUUGGAAGUGCGGCAUCCACCGCUUCAUCCGUCAGUUCACUGCCAUAUUUCCGCGGCAGACGGCUGCGUGUGCUGCAACGCCGGCAACGAAUGGUGGUUGUGAGACUCCGUGUGCGGUGCAGCACCUGGAAAUAGUUGCGAUCUGUCAGCAGACAGGUGUCAUGGGUGCCGCAGCCGCAAGCGCGCGUGAAUCUCGGUGCAUGAAAUGCGCUGGCCGAAAAGGAAGGGGAGAGAUGCCAGCGGAUAUGCAGUCGCUGCUCUUUCCAACGCAUCAUUGUUUCGGUCCGCGGAAGCUGCCAUUUUCGGAAAUGGUCGAGCCGUUGAUACGGUUUCUUUACCCUUCCCCCCUGCCACGCCCAUAAGACUCGUACGCCGUGAAGUCGUCUGUACGACCAUGUUCCUGUUUGCGUAACACUGUGUCGUGCCGCUCUGCUAUAGUUAGAAAGUCUCCCUAUUAGCAACCACCGAUGGCGGCGCCACCGAGUGCCCGCCAUUUGGAUCGUGUGCAUGGAGAGCGCAGAACCGCGUGAUUUCGUGCGCGUCAUGCGAAGCUUCCGAACCCGCCUAGUGUGUGCGCGAGCAGUAGAAACUUCUAUGGUCACGAAGGAUAAUUGAAUACAUCUGUGGCGCGUCGAACACGCAAGAUGGCAGUAAAAAGAGAAAGAAAUUAACCUGAUUGACACGAAGCUGACGUGCAUGCACGUAUGACUAGGUGUGCGUUUUUAACUAGACAGCUACUAUGACAGUGUCUUUUCCAUUCUUCUUUUUUACCUGCACUGCUUCGUUGUCCACCGAAAGUGAACAAAUGGCAACGGAUUCUUACUUUCUUGAACCUUUUAACUCAGGUUCACCUGAAGUGGCAUUUUUAGCAAAAGGACGAGUGUUCGCGCUCAUGUGGCCAUUCAUACCUCUAGACCAGUGAAGUGUGCUUUUCAAGUUGUCUGUUGAACUGUAUGAGUGGCAGCACUAUCGUAGAUGAACAAAAAUCAUAUAGCGCUGCGGUUUGCCAGUGCCGAGCGCGGAGGUAUUUUGUGUUCCACCUUGUAUGAAGUUCCUAUGUUGAAAACGUGCCAUAUAAGAGAGAUAUGUCUGUGGCAGAUGAGUCUCAAUGUAAGACUGCAUAUUAAUGUAUGUGCUGUUGCAUGUUUGAAUGUGUUCGGAAAUAAAUCUGUGCAUCUGCCCA